GCAAUAUAUACUGUUUACAGAAACCCCACCUUUGGUACCUGCUAGCUAGCAUUGCGUAAAGCCACUCAGCAAAAAUAUACGGAAACAGAUGGGUAGAGCUAUGACGUCAUGAGCUCGUUAAUUAUUUAUGAUAUAUCGUUGAGAGGUCGAGAGAGCUUACAAGCAAAUUUAUAUACAGCAAUGGCCAAGUCGGUCGCUUGCUGGCGAACUUUAAAGCAAACAACGGUCAUUUUAUAACUAUACUUUUCUCCCCUCUUUCCAAGUUAGAUGUCACCAACGUUUAGUCGUUUUAUAAUGGGAUGUGUUGGUUCAAGACAAGAAGAUCGGCCAAAGAAGAAACAACGCGAGGACGUCCGUCGAAAUAAUAGCGAUUCGCAAAAGGGAAACGCGGACGGGAACACUCCCGUGCACCUACAACCGAAAGUGAGUAUGAUGUCCGAUCAUACGCUGAAAUUACUGCAGGAAAUUGGCGAGCUGAAAUCGUUCACGGAGAUCGACCCGGCCGAAAUCAACCUAAAUCAAUUUUCGGAUUUCAUAAUGGCGUUGGAAAACCCCCAAGCUGCUACCACGAAUAAUGCGAAGACGCGGAGUACGUGAUGAUGUACGAACGACGCUACCCGAGUUUGUGGUGCUACCAUAUUUCUUACAUUUGCCAUAUAUGAAUUUGCUACAUUGCUACGGUGUGAAAUUAUGCUGGAUCAUUUUUUAUUGUAGACCGAUGUCCUAGAUCGUCAUGUCGCCAAACACGAGUUAAAUGGCCUUUUAAGGGAUGAAUAAUGAAUAGUAGAUGUCUUUAAAGAAUUGUAUAAUAAUAUUACAUAACAGAAACUGACGGAAGGACACGAGAGAAUAUUGCGACAAUUUUAAAACAACCGAAUUUUAUUCGAAGAGAAGCGAUAUUGCUCAGUUAACUUCGAAUAUACACAAAGGCUACGGAUUAUAAACAUCGAUUUAUCAUCAAAUAUUACACACAAAUUCUCGAGUGGGGCUAUUUUAGGAAACCUUCGUUCUUCAGUGCAAAAAUUGGACAAAAGUGUAUCGUAUUCUAGCAUCGAAGGUCAUUGUGCCAUGAGCGCAUAGACUUGACGCUAAAUGUAGGAAGAGGUUGAACUGUUCUGGGAAGAAAAUUCAAAUUGGACAGAUGAAUAAUUACUUACGAGCCACGAAACAACGGGCAGAAAAUCCUUAUGAGAAAAAUUGAAGAACAUACGAUGAAGAACUUUACAAUGUAGCGAAUUUGAUAAACUACAGGCCAGAGUGUUUCUGUAUUAUAUGUGUGUUUUUGGCGAAACGCAUCGAUGACCCACGUUUAGAUAAUCAACUAUAAUUUAUAUACAUAAUACGCCGGUACGUAAAAGCCUUGCUGGCAAGAGGCACAUUACAGAAUAGUUCUAUUCAAUUAUAUAUAUUUAUAUAGAAGCCUUAAAACUUAUCGCGCUUUCAUGUUUAUAAGCGCAGAGUGGACCAAAGGUUUGAUUUGAAAUUUUGUAUAUAGGCGUAGAAACUGGAUUGAUUCCGGUUAUAAUAUCGAAUAUCACAAGCUAAGAAUAGCAGUAUUAAAAAGUAUUUUCGUUAACAGCGACUAUUCCCCGCUAGUCGGAGGGCAAUAAAUAACUAUUACAUUAUUAGUAUUUUUAAAGUUUAAAGCUAUUGAAUAUUCGAAUUAAAAGCGAGUCGAAAGAAAAAAAGUGUGUAA